GGAGGCGUAAUCUUGAGCAGCAGCGGCGGUGCUGCUGUGGUGACAGUUGAGUUCACCGUUUCCCCCCUCCCUUCCCCCGCUCGCCUCGGGACCGGCUCGGGAUGGCCUCCAGCUACAAGAAGCCAUCACUGGGGGCUCCAGUUCAGAGGAAGAAGGCAGCACCCAAAACUGAACUUACUGAAGAGCAGAAGCAGGAGAUCCGGGAGGCCUUUGAUCUGUUUGAUACUGAUGGGACUGGGAACAUCGAUGUGAAAGAGUUGAAGGUCGCCAUGAGGGCUCUUGGUUUUGAACCCAAGAAAGAUGAAAUCAAGAAAAUGAUCUUAGACAUUGAUAAGGAAGGAACUGGAAAGAUUACCUAUGACGACUUCUUAGGAGUGAUGACUCAGAAAAUGGCUGAAAAAGAUUCAAAAGAAGAGAUUCUGAAAGCCUUCAAACUGUUUGACGAUGAUGAAACCGGCAAAAUCUCUUUCAAAAACCUCAAACGUGUGGCCAAAGAACUGGGGGAGAAUCUUACAGAUGAGGAGCUUCAGGAAAUGAUUGACGAAGCUGACCGGGACGGUGACGGGGAAGUCAACGAGCAGGAGUUCUUGAGGAUCAUGAAGAAGACUAGUCUCUACUGAAAUGCUUGGUGUGCCGUGUGUGUGUGUGUGUGUGUUGUCGAGUCUCCUUGUCUGCUGGCUGAGUUUGGCCUCCGUGGUGCCUGUUUGGAAGAGAUGAGGAGCAGGCCGGAUCUCACUAGCUUUCAGAUGACCCUCACAGUCAGCUUUUGCUUUUGCUUUUUUUUUUUUUAACACCAUGGUAUCUGUUGACUCUCUCCUCUGUCUCCUUCCUCCGACCCAUCUCGUAUUGUUGUAAAUAUCAAAUCCAGUCAUGUGAGGCCUACUCGGUUAAGCUACCUUUUGAAGGAGGACUUAGGCAUUUGUGGAGGACUUCUGCAAAGUAUUGUUUAUUUUUUUAUUUUUGCCAGGGACAAUUUAGAUAUUCUAAGAAACAAGGACGUUUCUUUUUUAAAACUGUUGUUUUAAAGUAUCCAAAGCUUGCAUUGUAACGGCACUUAGUACGUGCCAAAGUGAAAAGAAGCCAAAGUGGAUGGUUUCAGUAUAGGUUCUGCUCCUGAUUCACGUUGAUCAUUUUCUGUCUCCGCCAUCUAGGAAGUGACCUGAUUCUGGAUGUUGAGAUUAAAUGGCAGUGCCUACCAUAUCUAAGCCUUGGUUUAAAAGAAAGAGUGCACUUACUAGCUUUUACACUUUUUUUGAAAAAGCAUUGAAUAUAAAGUCUGUGUCUUUAAUGCCCAAAUUGCCUGAAAGGAGCCUGUAACAGUUCCCCCCCAUCCCCCAAAUGUUCAUGGUUUGUGUUUUUAACUAUGAAAUGUAAAUAUGAUGUCAUUUGGUUCAUGGCCGCAAA